AUGUCUCAAUUUCUGGAGAAUUACCACAAAAGCGUCGCGGAUCUGCCAGACAAACUGAAAGAGCACUUUGUUGAGAUCGGUCGUCUGGAUGCCGAAUGUGCAGCCAAGGCAGCACAAGUGGAUGAUAAGAUGAAGGAGUUUGUGCGCAAUCGAAAAGCGCUCUCAAAAACGGAUUCUGAACUUGACUUCAGGAUUAGCAAAAUGAUGGUGUUGUUUCAGGCUUUAUUCAGUGAAAUGCAUCGCCUAUCAGAUCAAAAAAUUCGCCUCUCCUCGGAUGCGUACGAACUGGUCGACAAACAAAUUCGUAAACUUGACGAUGAUGCGGCCAAACUACGUUCCUCAAUGCGCCAGAAAUUCAUCGACACGGCUGGCCGUUUAGGCAUCGACGGAGGUUACUUGCAUCCAUUGGUUUCUAGUAUUGACGAAAGUGAAGCAGACAGUAAAAAAAGGAAAUCCACCAGCCGUAAACAGAAGAAGAAGGACGACGGAAGCGCUAAAAACGUAGCUGAGGCAUCGGGUGCUGCCACUACUCUGCAACCGUUCUUGGACACGACGCCUAUCAUUGAAAUGCCAGUCGACCCCAAUGAACCCACAUAUUGCAUUUGUCAUCAGGUAUCCUUCGGCGAGAUGGUAAUGUGUGAUAAUAAGCAAUGUCCAAUUGAAUGGUUCCACUUCCAAUGUGUUGGUUUGACUGAGCCACCGAAAGGGAAAUGGUUCUGCGAGCGAUGCUUGGAGCAGCGUAAAAAGAAAACACCUGCUGCAUCCGCUUCAAGAAAACAUUGA